AAUGAAGAAUUUUUGCCCUUGUAUCUACGAGAAUCGCCCAUCUUCUUUUACUCCCUGAGAGACUACUCUGGUGCAGCAUUUCCAUUUAGUCCCCGACUAGCUGUUGCAGAGAUUCUUGGUAGCUCCUUCCCUGCAAUCCCAACGCCUAAAACAUGAUUUUCAUUAUCAACUGUCCAUCUUUUGUACCCAGCAUUAGAGUCUAUUCUGCAACGUCCACAUUUCUUCAAGUUUUGGCUAUGAAUAGCAAUAAUUCAGCAAUCGGAGCACUCAUCCUAGUUCCGAUUGUAAUAGCAGCAUCCGCAGCAUUUAUCGCCCUCAAGGCCAGCGAGUUUUGCAAACGCGCCGGACGAUCCAUCAAAAACUUCUGGAAUAACACUUAUCCCUGGUCUACUACCAACCAGUCGAAACGCAAACGCAAACUUCGAAGAUCAAACCUUCGCUCUUCUCAACUAUACGCCGAUUCUUGGAUCGAUCUAGAGAGCAUCGACUCCAGAGAAGGUUACAGCAGCUUUAUCAACCAAGUUCCUACUCGUCGCGGCAAAUCCUUCAGUGAAGGUGACAAAGACCACGCAUACGGAGACACUGCGAAGAGGAUAUGGCAUCCGUCAAGGUCAACCCGUCUGGAGUGGAGCUUCGCGAAUCCGAGAUCGCCAAACCGCAGCCUCUUCGAAUCAUCAAGCGUAGCCAAACCGUCGCCAACUGCUCAUCGCCCAGAGAGGUUGUCCACAGAGGACGCGGCUCUUCUAGCGGGUCCUACGAGAGCAAGGGAAGUCCGCCGCAGGGAAUCGACAGACCUUUGACAGUAAGAAAGAAGAGGCAAGGAAGGGGAAGUGUGAUUGCUUUGAGUAUGGCGGAGCCUGAUGAAGAUAUUGGGUCUGGAAGUGCGCUUUCGGACAUCAUCAGGAAACAUUCGGGUGAGUCGUGAGGGAUUUGAGUGACGAGCCGGUGCUGACAACUUGGAGAUUUGAGCGAGAUGGAUGAUGAUCCCGAUGUUACGCCGAAGGCUCGACCGUCCACGAGAACUGCCAGUGCUGGUGCUUUUCUCAAAUCGGAGCUUUACCAAAGAAGUCAAGACAUCGAUGCUACAAGUUUUUCGGUACGAGAUACGCGACAUUCUAUGUUUACUCCACAGCAAUCAACUCGAAAACCUCCAAGCCCGACCAAAGGUAGUCCACCGAAAAUUCCCGAGCGUAGACCUUCCAGAUCUAAGAACUUCUUCCUGCGAGCGAUUGGCGGUCGCUUGUCCGAUGAGUCCAAAGCUAUUCGGCGCAAGGAUUCCGGAGCGUCCAAAGGAACAUUGAUUCGUCGACUGUCACGGAGCAAGAACCACAGCUCGGCUGAAUCUUAUACAGACAGCAUCGCUUCCACAGACAGUGGUAAUGAUUUCCGGCCCGGCAGUCUAGAUAUUACAGACAUUAGCAUCAAUUCAAGAAUAUCUUCUCAUGAAGGGAAUCAACCCUCAUCAACAGUAUCCGAUAUUAUCCCACCGGACGUCUUUGUUCUGUGCCCCCAGGUCGUCAUCACACCUGAGAUCUCCAGUGUGGAUACUGGAUGCUGCUUCUUGUGGGUGGCAAUCGAAGUCACUGGUACUCUUCAGAAGGCCGAUGGAUACGAAGCUCGAUAUGAUGGGUCUCGAUCCACAAGUUCUCGUAUUUCAGAAAUCGCAGCUUAUGGACGACUACAUUCUAUGCGUAUCGACCUCCACCCCGGUCAAGGCUGUAUAGUAUCAGAAAUCAUUGGGGAUCUGCACAAGAGCAAAACUAUUCGUGCCGGGGAAACUCAACUAAUUCUCGCAAAAAUCCGCUUCAGCAAGUUCAUCCCUCCAAGUCACUUAAGAGAAUCCUCGUCGGACGGCUUAAUCGCGCAGCUGGAAAAUGAUCUAGGUGACACUUUGACUCCCUAUCUGACUGUGCGCCUAACAUAUAAACAUUCUGGGUUUCCGAACAUCAAAAAACCUGGAGUCAUCCAAGAUGGCAUGAGUAUGCACAUCACGCGAUUGCAGACAGAGGCAACCGGGGUCAUAAAAAGGCACAACCCGCUUUCGGCUUGGUCACCUCGAACUUCACAAACAAUCCAUUCUCCCCUGGAGGUUAAUCCUCUUAUUCACUUGGUAGAGACCUAUCUUCCAUCAGUCCAAGCUCGUGAAGUCAUCAAGAAGCUUGCAGGCGAGCGAACCCCUAUUCCCAUAGCGAAGAGAUUUGAACACAUUGGUGGCUCAAGCGAAGAGACUGUCAAGCCUGUUCCAACUAGCCUUGCAGCCCGUAUCAGCUCUACGCUCUCAUCCCCACUGGUGCAAAUAGCUUCAGCCAGAGGUGUCAUGUCGCCUCCUCGCACGACAGGAUCUCCAAGUCCCUUCGCAAGAUUUGGCAGCACCAGAUCCACACAACUCGGCAGCGUAGAAGACAUGGACCCAGCAAGGCGGAUCUGGACAGAAAUGCGACGUCACUCUCGCAGCGGCAAUCGUUCUCGUCAUCCAAGAGGAAGCAUUAGCGCCGAUCAUUAUUUCAGCGUCGAUGAUAGCCCCAAUAACCGCAUCAGCUCCAUCAACACCACUGUCUCGUCCUUCUCUGCGGGUAAGGGUGGCGGCGAGCUGUGUGAAGUGAAAGAAGAGAGGGGUAGGAUCAUGGAUAUGGCGCUGAAGAAUAAGAGAAGUGUAGGUCAGGAGACUUUGAAGAGUAUUGUGCCGAGUGUGGGCAGGCAGAAGGGUGGUGCGCUGAGUUCUUUGGGUCUGGGUGCUGGCAGGACGUGGGGUUGGAAUGCGAAUUGGUGGUGAGAAGAUUAUGGCUUACUUAUCUUAUUAUACUGUUAUGUUGCUUAGUGA